UUUGAUCCCUUCCAUUCAAAGGAAGGAAGGCUUAAAGUAUUGGACCCUAAGUCAAGAUGGGUGGCUGAAUUUAUAUUGAGGUGGUUGUGGAAGAUAGUUGCACUUAAUUUGAGAAUUCAUUUUGAAUACGACAUGAACCAUAAUGAUUUUCAUUCGAAUUACAAAUGUGGAUGAAAAUGGUUUUCAUCCAAGCAAAACAUGAAGACACCCUGUUUCCAAAACCGAAAACGUAGUUGUAUGCAAAUGAAAAUCUAAAAUGACAAGCACUUCAAUGUUAAAACAAAAGAAGUGAUAAAAAAAGGGAGAAACAAAAAUACUUGAAGCCGUAAUGAAAAAACCACACGCAAGUUGGUUCACAGUUGACACGUUGGCUUCUUUAUGAAAGAAGCAAUCAGCUUAAGGGCUUCCGCCGCUUACUUAGAUUCCUCUGCCUUCUUGUUUCGACACUUUAUAAUCCUUUUAUUCUUCCUUCUUGAAGACAUUGUUAUCAUUACUGCUAACAUGAAAACAAAGGUUAUUGUUUUCCUCGUACUAGUGUUUGUAUCUUUCAGUGGGUUUUCUCAAGGCCAACUUAAAGUUGGUUUCUAUUCCAACACAUGCCCAGAUGCCGAGUCCAUUGUCUCUGGCGUUGUUCGAAAUGCUGCCCAGUCUAGCUCCAACAUCCUUCCUGUCUUGCUCAGGCUCCACUUCCAUGACUGCUUUGUUGAGGGCUGUGAUGGUUCAAUUCUGAUAGAAAAUGGUCCAAAUGCUGAGAGACAUGCUUUUGGUCACCAGGGAGUUGGGGGUUUCGAAGUGAUAGAUCAAGCCAAAGCUCAACUGGAAGCUACGUGUCCAGGAGUGGUUUCUUGUGCAGAUAUAGUCACAUUAGCAGCUCGAGAUGCUGUAGCUUUGGCAAAUGGACCAUCGUAUGAGGUUCCAACAGGUCGUAGAGAUGGAAGCGUUUCGGAUGUUUCUCUGGCGGACAACAUGCCUGAUGUUAGUAAUUCAAUCCAGCAACUCAAGGCUAAGUUUCUUCACAAAGGACUAUCAGAAAAAGACCUUGUGCUUCUCAGUUCAGCGCAUACAAUUGGAACCACAGCAUGUUUUUUCAUGACCAAACGCCUUUACAAUUUCUCCCCUGGUGAGGGGUCGGAUCCUGCAAUCAACCCUGAGUUUUUACCACAACUGCAAUCUGUUUGCCCUCAGAAUGGAGACGUGAAUGUAAGAUUACCAAUUGAUCAGGGAAGUGAGCAAACAUUUGAUAAACAGAUUCUAGACAACAUUAGGAAUGGGUUUGCAGUGCUAGAAUCUGAUGCCAGGCUAUACGACGAUGAAACGACUAGGCUUGUUGUUGACUCCUAUUUUGAACAGCUCAAUCCAAUAUUUGGAACCUCUUUCGAAGCAGAUUUUGUUGAAUCCAUAGUGAAGAUGGGCCAGAUUGGUGUCAAAACAGGGUCCCGAGGAGAAAUCAGGCGUGUUUGUACAGCUUUCAAUUGAAGGAAUUAUACAACAAAUCAGAUACAAAUAAUUUAGCUUGUUUGAUAUCACAUAAUUGGUUCAUUCCUUAGCAAUAAGAUGCAUUGCUUACAAGUGAAAUUAACUGUAAAUUGUUUGGUUUUGAAGUUGAACAAAAAGGGUUGUUGGUUGUUUAGUGUGAAACUCCAAAACUUGUUUGAUAUUGUCAUAAAUGAUUACAGAUUACUUGAUAAACAAACAAGCAAGCCAUGAUUUUAUCAUCUACUUGACCAAAGAUUUUUGACAUUUGGGAGAAAGGAUUAGGAAAGUUACUUCUUCGAUGCCUUGCAUCAGCUGGCAGAAGAAGAUUACAAAGAUUCACAUGUUGCAACUGUCGGUUCAUGCUUCAAAUAUAGGCCUCGCGUAAUGGGCUCAUGCAAGUGACAGUGAUUUUAUGACUUUCGAGACGAUAAUGCAAUUUUUAAUAUCCUAAUUUUGUCUUAUUUCCUUUGCUUUUGCUCCUUUGAAAUGAACGGGCACUUGAUCACAGAGAAAACAGACUGGGACAAAAAUUCCUGACGACUG